GUGGGUGCAAUACUCGUAUUCCCCGCCUUGCGCUGGUGGUGCGCAGCGCCAUGGCAGUAGCGGACGGCUCCCAGGUGCAAGGCACGGACGACCAGAUGCAGGUCGUCUUGACCAUUGUCGAGGCGAGAGGCUUGAGGGGCACAAGCCUGGACAGCACCUCCGAGUGCUGCUGCACGUGCUGGGUUCAGGGCGACAAGGAGGACACCGAGUUCAGCACCGACGCGGUGAGGCGCUCGGCGGACGCAUCAUGGGAGCACCAGAUCACCCUGCCUGAGUGGGUGCGCGGCCAGACUCUGGAGUUUGAAGUCUGGGACCAGGACGGGCUCUCGCACCGGGACGUUCUCGGGAAGGCGGAGCUGCUCCUGUCUCCAGACCUCUGCGCAGCGAGCAGGGCCGUCGAGCAGAGCUUGCCGCUGAAGUGCGACGGCGGGGCGCAGGGUAUGUUGCUCGUCAUGGUGGAGGGCGCGCCACCUGCGGACGAGCCACAGGAUGGAGCGGCGGAUCCCCAGGUCGCCUUGCGGGAGGCAGACGGCACGGUGGCCAGUGGAGCAGGAGCGGUGGACGAGCCACUUGAUGGAGGGGUGGAGUCCGAGGCCGCCUUGGAGGUGGCAGACGGCACGGUGGCUGCUAUGGCGGCAGAGGUGGACGAGUCACAGGACGGAGGGGUGGAGUCCGAUGCCGCCUUGUGGGAGGCAGGCGGUGCAGAGGUCGGUGGAGCAGCCGACGGGGACGACAGGACGCGCUGCUGCCCCGGCCUCGGCCUCGGCAGCGCCGCGUCGGCGUCCACCGUGGAGGGCGAGGAGUCCCCGGGGAGCCCCGAGGUGAGCGCGCUGGCUGCGCUGCUGCAGCGCAGGAGCGCCGGCUCGCUGCUCCGGGGGUGGCGGAGGCACUUCGACCCGGAAGGCGCCGCGCAGGUGCGCCGCCAGAGGUUUGUGCAGGGCUGUGGCGAGGUAGGUGGCCUGCACCUGGCGAAGCCGAUCUGGCACGAGCUCAGCCUGGACGGAAGGACACUGGCGUUCUCGUCGCUCUUCCCGAGGGAGCAGGCACGCCUUGAGAGCCUCGCGGCGGUUCUCUUCCCAGCCUUGGGGGCUGACCUCGAGAACGUCUGGGAGUUCCUGGACGGCCAGCACAAGAAUCGGCUCUGCUUCAGAGACUUCGAGAAGGGUGUGAACAAGCUCGGGUUCAGGUGCAACGUCAAGCCGAUAUUCGACGGGAUCCUCAAUGGCCCCGUCUUCGUGUUCAAGGAGGACUUCCUCUACCUCAGACUGUUCUUCUGGAGCUGGCUGCAGUCCGUGCCAGGGGGUGCAGACAACACCCUGGCCGCUUUGUUCAGCCACGUGCGGCAAGAGCUGGGCGGCCCAGAGGCGUUCAUGAAGCGCCUAGGCCUGAGCCAGGACGAGGCCAUUUCCGAGCACGAGUUCGCGGCCCGCCUGAGCGCCAUCGGUUUCCUCGGCGAUCCCGUGCUCGUCGCGAGACACCUGGCGAAGAUGGAGAAGAGGGUCUGCAACGGGACCGAGAUAUACGCGAGUUCGUUAUCUUCGCUGCUCAGUGACGAGGGCCACAGGACGAGCCCAAAGGCCCCCCUGGGUGCUGGCCUGUGCGAGACGCCGAGGGGCCCGAAGACCUCCGCGCGCGCAGGCCCGUGCGAGACGCCGAGGACGCCGAGGUCGCAGCUGUCGGGUGGCCCGAAGACCUCUGCGAGGUCGCAGCUGUCGGGUGGCGAGCCAGUCGAGUGGGUCGGCGCCACGAGGGACGUCUCCCACCACAACAGGGGGAAGCACCCCGACCUGCGCACCUACUUCAGCCAGCCCGUGAGGGAGGAGGACGAGCACGAGGA